CGUCACGAUCCCUUUCCAACCAAUGGCGAAGUACUUUUAGUAGAGGAUGAGCAACAGGCUGUGUCCCUGCUGAGUGCUCAGCAGUUGGGGUUUAAAAAAAUAUCUUUAUUCCGUCGAAUACCCAGAUUUGUUCGAGGCCGUGGCAUGGAUGAGGUACGGCCUACCAGUGGUGCUCAAGCCCACGGACUGGUGCCGCUGUUUCCCCCUGGACUGCAGGCUAUCUACGGGGAAUGCCGGAGACUUUACCCCGAGCAGGCCAACCCGCUUCAAGUUACAGCCAUUGUAAAAUAUUGGUUAGGGGGACCUGACCCUUUAGACUACAUCAGUAUGUAUAGAAGUACGGGCUGUCCAGCUCAGGACAUCCAGGAGCAUUGGCACUAUGUCAGCUUUGGACUGAGCGACCUGUAUGGGGAUAAUAGGGUUCACGAAUUCACAGGGGCAGACGGGCCCAGUGGGUUUGGUUUUGAGCUCACCUUUAGACUCAAAAGAGAGACUGGAGAGACGGCACCACCAACCUGGCCAGCUGAACUCAUGCAAGGCUUGGCUCGUUAUGUCUUCCAGUCAGAAAACACAUUUUGUAGUGGCGACCAUAUAUCGUGGCACAGUCCGCUAGACAACAGUGAAUCUCGUAUCCAGCACAUGUUGCUUACAGAGGACCCACAGAUGCAACCUGUUCAAACGCCAUUUGGUGCAGUUAGCUUUCUCCAGAUUGUGGGUGUAUGUACAGAGGAGCUACAGGCGGCCCAACAGUGGAACGGCCAAGGCAUCCUGGAGCUGAUGCGUGGAGUCAGAGUAGCUGGUGGCCCCUGGCUUAUAACAGACAUGAGGAGAGGGGAGACCAUUUUUGACAUUGAUCCACACCUGCAACAGGAGAGAGUGGACCAGGGUAUAGAGACAGAGGGCUCUAACCUGAGUGGGGUCAGCGCCAAGUGUGUUUGGGACGAUCUGAGUCGACCGCCAGAGGAUGAGGAGGACAGCCGAUCCAUCUGCAUAGGAUCUCAGCCACGGAGGCUCUCAGAAAAAGACACAGAGCAGAUCAGGGAGACCCUGAGAAAAGGACUGGAGUUUAACACCAAGGCAGCACUACCACCCAUCAGCAGCCAGAGGCAGAGCCACGAGAGACCUCAGAGUCGGAAGGACAGUUUGGAGAGUGAGAGUUCAGCAGCCAUCGUUCCUCAUGAGUUGGUCCGAACACGACAGUUGGAGAGCGUCCAUCUGAAAUUCAACCAAGAGUCAGGCACACUGCUGCCCCUCUGCCUGCGGGGCAGGUUGCUCCAUGGGAGACACUUCACUUACAAAAGUAUCAAUGGAGACACAGCCAUUACAUUCGUGUCUACGGGAGUUGAAGGAGCUUUUGCUACUGAAGAGCAUCCUUACGCAGCCCAUGGCCCCUGGCUUCAGAUCUUGUUGACUGAGGAGUUUGUGGAGCAGAUGCUCGGCGAUUUACAGGAACUCAACACUCGUGAGGAGACAAAGUUACCAAAGGAGUACAGUUGGCCAGAAAAGAAGCUGACGAUCUCUGUCCUACCAGACUCUGUGUUUGAUAAUCCACUGCAAUGAGACAGAGACACUUCAUCACUAGCAAAACACCUCCAAACACACACUUCCAGAGUGGACCAUCAUCAUGAACAGGAGACCUCCCAGAACAUGCUGCAACCCUGAGCUGUCCGAUAUGUUGUUCCCCCGGUGGACGGCCAGAAACUGUUCCCCUCCUGAAAAUGAUCUGAGUGAUGACCUAAACAAUGACUGUUACUGCAUUCUCAGAUUACACUCACUGUUUACAACAUUUCUCCGAGGCGUGAAUGCAUUUGAGAAUGUCAAACCAGCCCGUCCAGAUGGUUGACCUGUAAGACAGUCAUUAUAUAGGUGACACACUAGCUGUAGGUCAAAACAGGAUGUUGUCAUUCCUCCAGUAAGGCCUGUCAAGGUCUGAGGUCCAAAAUAUACAUCACUAAUACAGUUGCUACCACAUCCUGUGAUCACCAGACAAAGUGUCUCAAGCGACAACUUUGUUGCAGUUCUCAAAAACAGUUAUAUUUAUUCCACUUGCCUUUAGAAAGGAAGGAAAAGUCGCAUGUUGACAUUUUUUGUAAUCAGUGUUUCUUUCAAUUGAGCUCAUGUGUAUAGUAUUUACAAAUGCUGGACAUUUUUCUCUUAUGUGUUUGUGGACAUACCAAAGUUUUAACUGUUGGCAGUCAGCUGCCAAUACCGUUUGUCAAAUGUGUCAUGGUUUUGUAAUAAUGACGAGUCAGGUUGCUUAUCUAUUAUUGACUGACUAUUCGUCUCGGAUACUCAAACAAGCAUUUGACUGUUUUUUUAAGGUAUCUGGCAAAUGCUGCAAGUAUACCCACCCUGUGCCAAGAGCAUAACUCCUUAUAAAUCUUUUUUUUUUCUCACACUCAUGAUAAUGCGUGUUUUUAAACUCAUCACGUCCGUUGUAAAUGUUCAAAGACUGGGACUCCGUGGUCGGUGUCCUUUCAAGUGUUGUAUCCAGUUGCCACAUAAAUACGAAUUGUUUUUAGUUCUUUUAUCAGUAGGACCUGCUUGAAAAUGAGUUGAAGUAAAAUUCCUCAGUGCCUUGUGUUGAAAAGGACCACAUAUAUAUUGUUUGUGCUCUUAAUGCUGCCUACAGCUCCUAGAUUGCGAAAUACAAAGUCAUUUUGAAUCGAGGCUUUUUCUGACAGUCACUGCCUUUCAUUUUAACACUAAAAAUGAAAAAAAGACUACUUUUACUACACAAAUGUACUCUUUUACAACAUGUGGUGGGGUCUUAUUUUUGUUUGUCCUUUUCUAUUCAGAGAGACUCGUGUAAAGUUUAGACAUUUUUGAUAUGGUGUUUUGUAAUUACUAUCUUAUGACUGAACUGCCUGAUUGUAUUCCCAAGUGCAUUAAAAUGUGUAGGUAUUUACACAAAUAAAGCUGGAACACUAAUGCAGAAUUA